UGAGUAGUGAAACUAUCCCAACACGUGCUAGCUCUGUUCCCAUGGUAACCAUUGUUGACCAAACAAACCAUUCCCAACCAAAGUCCAAAACCAUGAAGCAUCUCUUCAAUCUACACCGGAAAGCGGUCCGAAUAGACUACCGGAACCAGCUAUGUUCACUCGCCACUUUUGCCACCGGAUGUGUCGUCCUCCUCUCUCUAAUCAUCCCGUACUACGUCGUUCAGUUCAUCAACCCGGGAGACGUCUGGGACCGGUAUCGACUGGCUUACGAGCAGCCUCGGGUGCACUUUGACUAUCGUUACCUGUUCCUGACGGAAGUGGCCCUUCCUGAGGCACAAAGCGAAAUCAUUACCUGCAGCUCGUUCGAACCGUACAACGAACUGACCGAACAAAGGCAAGAAUGUGGAGUGAUAAAGGUCACGUCCGACGAUAGCAAUGUUGAUGGGAAGGUGGACGCGUUGGCGGUCUCGGUUAGCUUCAAUCUGCCACAAGAAGCAACGGGACUGAAGUUUUACACGUUUUAUUUUUUUCUGGAUGCGGUUGUCAAGAGUCGUUGUCUCUUCAAAAUUCCAACGAUCAUCUCCUUGGACAAGGUACCUCCCCCAGUUCAUCCCUUCCCCUCCGGCACCAUCACUCACAGCGGCCACCUAACCUCCAGCCAGACCGUUGCCCUCCAGUGUCCGUUCUUCAUGCGCAACAUCAAGUCUCACUUCAACCACAAUUACCUUCCAGGGGAGAAUUACACCUCACUGCACCAGUUCCUCCCACCGUCCAUCCUGGACGAGAUUGAAUCUUCCAACGCGGCAUAUUUCAAAUUUGACCCGCACAGAUCCCACUGGACACGGGAUGGCGCCGGGGAGGUUACGAUCCGGGUUGAGCUUACGAUUGGAGGGGAAGACAGUCGCAGGACAGCGCUUCUCUAUAAUACGUCGAUCUGGCAGAAGGUGGCGCAGUUUUGGAUGCAGUACUUUUCGGUGCUCGUUGUUUCGCUGUGGUUAGCCGAUAAGGUUAAGGACUGGCUGUUUGAGCGGUUUGUGAUACGAGCGAUGGAGGUUGUUCCGUGGAAGGAGAAAUAUAACUAAACUUUUGAGGGAAA